UGGCUUCUACUCAUUGGCCGGCCGAUCCAAGCAUAUAUCCGACUUCACUCCCGUUUCUCGUUUCUACCGAAAUGGGAGGUUCAAUUCAGCCCUAGAGUAGCCUCUUUAAAUACCACCCUUCGAAACAUGGCACGGCCAGUCAAACCUCUAGGUGUAUUUAGCUACCACAACUGCAAUAAACCUUUCUAGCGGAGACUACAGCCGCCAUCUUCGCCGCCGUGGUGUCUCGGCCGUCCUUCUUGGCCCCCAGCUCCGUGCGUGAGGUCGUGCUAGCGACAUGUAGGCCUAUUACACGGCUUCCAGAUUCAGCUACAGCUGUUUCCAGCUGGGCACUGCAAUCGGGCGGCCAGGAUGAACAUAAUGCGCAAGCUACUGGUGGGCCACCAGGGCAGGGGCGGUGCGGCACCGGAGGAGGGUGCCCAGAGCUCCCAGCACACAGCCCUGGGGCUCAUGCACCUGCACAAACUCUUUGCCGAGCUCACCCACCCGGCCCACCCGCUCACCCAACAGGAGCAGGAGCAGCGCCUAUACAACAUGCUGCCCCUCUUCUGCAAGGUCUUUGAGAACAGCCCUGCUGUGGAUAUAAUUGACAAGUUCAGCGAUGUACUUGCCUUCUCCAAGCUUGUGUCCAAGCUCAUGGUGUCUGAGAUUAGGAGGCGCGCUUCAAAUCAAAGUACAGAAAGCGCGAGCAGCGCCAUUGCCCAGUUCCUGGAGAUUGAGAGCACGGAGGAGCAGAGCCGGGGCUGGAUGCUGCUGGCCAGCAUGAACCUGCUGGCAUCAGGUGGCUCCCAGCUGGUGGAGGUGAUGACCUCCAGCGCCCUGCCCUCCACCCUGGUCAAGUGCCUCUACCUGUUCUUCGACCUGCCCGAGCUCAGGGACGCAGACCGGCUAGACCCGCACUGCGAGUUUACCGCCCGCGAACGCCGCAUCCUGCUCCAGAAGGUCUUUGUGCAGGUCCUGGUGCGGCUGUGCAGCCACCCCGCCCCGGCCGAGGAACUGGCGCGCAAGGACGACCUGACGCUGCUCUUCAGUGCCAUCACCACCUGGUGCCCGCCCUACAACAAUGUGUGGCGCAAGAGUGCCUCCGAAGUGCUCAUGACCCUCUCCCGGCACGGACUCACCGCUCCCGUCGUCAACUACAUCCAUAGCAAAGGCUGCGUGGCACUGUGUGUGGAGAAUGUGCAGCGGGUGCAGGAGCUCUCCCCCUUGGAGGUGGUAGAGAUGUUUGUGACCAUCUUCUGCUUCCUCAAGGACUCGAGCGAGGUGUCCCAGCUGCUGCUGGACGACUUCCGCUCCUGCCAGGGAUACGUCUUCCUCUCCGAGUUUCUCCUCAGACUGGAGCAGAACAGCUCACAGGAGGCUUGUGAGGCCCUGAGGAACCUGGCCGUGCUGAUGACGUCGCUGACCACCUGUGGCUACUUUGAGCUCAAGCCGAGCCAAGCCAGCACGGGGUCCCUUUUCCAGAUCCCAGGGUUCACACUGCCACAACCCUCGGGAAAAGGUACGAGCGUGAGGAAUAUCCAGGCAUUCCAAGUGCUCCAGACGGUUUUUCCCAAGGCGCAGACAGUUCACUUGUCAUCCCUGCUCCUCGAUGCGAUCAGCACCAUCUACCAUUCGGACAAAGCAAACUAUUUCAUCCUGGAGUCCAGCCACCCUUUGUCCCAUUUCUCAGAAAAGAUUCAUCUCAAGACGCCUGAAAUUCAGGAAAAGUUUUUUAAGCUGUUGGAAUUCAUUGUGAUAGAACUGAAGUUUGUACCAUGCAAAGAACUCAUCAGCCUUAGCAUCCUUCUGAAAACAAACAGUUCGGUGUCCUGCUCCAUCAACUGCCUGCACACACUGGCCAACAUUGUGCAGCACAAUGCGGUCUUCAAGGAUGUCUACCGGGAAGUGGGGCUCCUGGAGGUGCUGGUCACCUGCCUGCACCGCUACGCCACCGUCCUCAAGGAGGCCUUUCCCGACGGCGAGGCCGAGCCCAUCGCCAAGGUUCCCAUACCGGAGGAGCAGCAGCGCAUGGGGUCCCUUGUUAUGGAGACCCUUACUGUCCUCCUGAACGGAAACUCGAAUAAUGCUGGGGUGUUUCGGGAGUGCGGCGGUGCCCGGUGUGCCCACAACCUGGUGCCGUACCGGCUGUGCCGCCAGCAGGCCCUUGGGGUGGUGCAGCAGCUGGUGCUGAGCAACGGCGGAGACGAUGACAUGGGCACCCUGCUCGGGCUCAUGCACACCGCCCCACCCCUGGCGCUGCACCUCAAGAACCACAUCCUCAAGUCUCUCUUGUUCGUGCUUCGAGAAAGCCACCGGACCCGGACCGUCUUCCGGAAAGUGGGCGGCUUCGUCUACGUCAUGUCGGUCCUCGUUUCCAUGGAGGGCUGUCUCGCAGACCCGCCGAAGGAGCCCUGGAACACCGUUGAGAAGAAGCAGAUCAUCUCUCUCCUGAGGACGGUGUUCAGCACCAUGACUGUCGCCAUGAGAUACGAACCCGCCAAUGCCAAGUUCUUUGCAACGGAGAUAUGCCAGACCAGUUUGGCAGACACGGUUAGACUCCUAGGCUGCUUUACGAACAACACGGACAUCUGUCCUGUCGACACCACGUUUGUCCCCACCGAAGAAAACCUCUUUCAUGCAGUGUUCACUGGAAGCAGUGAUGCAAAUUUGGAAUUUGGCAGGGUACCGGCAUCUCUCCUAUCCGCCGUGGUGGUCAUGCGGCUACUUUAUGACAUGGCUUUGGACUCAUUUGAUAAGCCAAUGGCAGUGACCAAGUUGGCCACCUGCCCGUCCACCCAGCACUGCACGGUUGAGGUGCCGAAGAAGGGCAGCCCCGGGGCCAAGAAGCCCCUACUGGCCACUCUGAACCUGUCCGCCCCAAGCCCCGACCCUCUCAUCGUCCACCCGGGGGUCGUAGUGGCCAUGAUGCACCUGGUGCCCUCCAUUGCAGAUGGACUCAACCCCCAGUGUGCCCAGGCUGAGCUAACGCUGCAGCUGUACCUGGCCGAGGUGCUGCGCUCCCUGGUGCGCUCCGAGCGCAACCAGCAGGUGAUGUGCGAGGCAGCCCUGCCUGGGGAGCUGCUCACCAAGUGCCGGGUGGCUCUGGAGGACGAGGCCCACCCACUGCACCUGCCCCUGCAGUACAUGCUCGAGCGCCUCGCCGCACAGGCCCUCGAGCCCAGGGACCUCAGAGCCUUCCUCCGCCUGGGAUCCCCGCUCUGCUGCAACACGUUUGAGGCUCCCCCCGUGGCCGACUGCAAGCAGCAGGGGUCGAGCGUGUGCCUCGGGGCCCGCGCCCAUGCGGCGGCGCGUCCAGCCAACCAGAAGGACGGGGGCCCCGUGCCCCUGACGCGCAUCAAGACGCUGGUGUCGAUCACGACCCCGAGGGACUGCCGCUUGCACGGGGCCCUGCUCACCCCUCCCUUUGUGGAGUUUGAGAUGGCACCUGAGGGCUUCAGCUGCCUCUACCUGAGCAGCGUGGCCCCACAGAGCGCCUCGGGGGGACCUCCCAUGGUGGGCGUCUCCAUGGUCGGGGGCAUGCCCGAGGGGGUCAUCGGAGGCAUUGGUACAGGAGACCGCAUGUUCCCGCCCCAGUCGGGGCUGUCCUUCUCGACGUGGGUGAGCGUGGAGCGGUUCAGCGACCCCCACGCAGACCCCCAUGCGGUGCGACUGCUCACGCUGGUUCGCAACCUGCAUGGCCGAGAAGACCACCUGGUCUGCCUGGUGCUCCAGCUGUCCUCCCGGGAUAAGGCCCUGCUCGUCUCCACCCAGGAGAUGUCCCUGCCAAACCUCUCCGGCGCAGACUGGGAGCCCGAGGUGAAAGAGGAAGGCUGCGUGCGCUACUGGAGCCCCGAGCUUCUCCAGGAAGGCCAGUGGCACCACCUGGUGGUGGUACUCAACCGGGCCGUCCUCAAGAACAGCUCUGUCUCCAUCUACAUUGACGGGCAGCACGCCUCCACCCAGAAGAUCCCGUACAUCUCGCAGAACCCGGGGGGCGGGGCGGCCAACUUGACGGUGGCCUCGUCGGUGUACGGCUUCAUCGGCACCCCUCCCCAGUUCCGGCACCCGUCCCGCCUCAUGUGGAAGCAGGGCCCCUGCCACAUGGUGGAAGACGUGCUCUCCCCUCAGCUCAUCCACCAGAUCUACCUGCUGGGACCCAGCUACGUGGGAAGUCUGCAAGCACCGGUCAUGAUUGGCACAGAGCCACUGCCCCCUCUUCUGAAUGAAGAGAAGGUUGUGUUUGGCCUGAAUGCCACCGCGGUGUCUGUGAUGACCCUGGCCAAGAUCCGCAGGGUGUACAGCAAGGUGGACUGCAAGUCCAUUGCCAAAAUGCUGGGCAUGUCAUCUCACGAGAAUGCGACUCCCAUCCGGAUCCUGCAUAACUCGGCAGCUCACCUCGCCGGGCCCGCCCGAUGCCUGGGGGGCGUCCUGAUUGGAUACCUGGGGGCACGCACGUUCAUCCCCCGGCCGGUGGCUCUGACCCUGGAGAACAUUGGCGGAGUGUCGGUGCUCCUGGGCCUGGUGGCCAUGGCGCACGAUGUCGAGGGGCUGUACGCCACCGUCAAGGCACUAGUGUGCGUCGUACGCAGCAACAGGGCCGCCCAGCAAGAGAUGGACCGCAUCAAAGGCUACCAGACCCUGGCGAUGCUGUUCAAGAAGAAGAGCUCCCUGCUCAACAGCCACAUCUUGCACCUGGCCUUCUCCCUGGUGGGAACGGUGGACAGUGGCAGGGAGACCACUGUCAUCCCAAAUAUGACUGCCUUUGAGGACCUUCUCUGCAACCUCGAGGUCUGGCGAGAUGCUCCUGGUGACUUGCACAAAUCUCUCUACGAGCACUUUCAUGAGUUGAUCACCGAAUCCAGCGAGCAGAAGGCGAACCUUCGGAUCCUGCGUGAGCUGGAGAUGGUCACAAGGCUGCUAAUGAUGCUGCGCGACCCGUGCCUGAGCGCCUCCACGGUGCGGCUGCUCUGCAACCUGCUCAGAACUCUGCUGCACAGCACGCAGCGCAGCGGAGACAUCCUUAGGUUCGGCCAGUUCAUGGUGUCCACAUUACCGCGACCUUCAGUUUCUGAGAAGCUGCUCAACCUGAAGAGGGAGACUGACAUGUCCGAGUCUUCAGGACCACUGGACGAGACUGCUCUACUGAUUCACAAUGUCUGCCUGAGGAACCGCUGCCUGCACAUACUGCACCUCAUGACCUAUCAGAACUCGAAAAACGUCAAUGUUCCGUUCUGCGAGGAGCUUGCCCGCGUGCUAGGCCUGGACUGGGUGCUGCUGUUCCUGCAGAGGCAGCUGCACCCGACCACGGUGGUGCUGGGUCUGCAGCUGCUCACAGUUCUGCUCAGCUGCCCCACCCUCAUGCAGCGCUUCAGGGAGGCCUCCCACAACGGAGGCUGGCUCACCGAGACGGACCUCGUGCUGCAGAACAGGACCACCGUGCUCCUCGGCUUCAACGUGUCUGCGCCCAACAACAAGGGCGGCAGCAGCCAGUCGAUCAAGGCGGAGGUGUACCAGGUGCCGGGCUUCCAGCAGCUGCAGUGGCUCAUGUGCCAGCAUGUCAAGGUGCCCGACAUCAACUUCUUGCUGCUGGCCAUGCUCAUGGGUCGCCCGGUCACCCGCAUCCCCUGCGGCCUCCAGUUCUCCCUGGACAACAUCUGGUCGUUCCUGUUCGGGGUACCACCUGGUCAGUCAGUUAUGUCGCAGGGCGACAUCAACUUUGAGCUGGUUGUCGUGUUGCUGGCCAUGGUUCGCGUUGUUCUCAACCAGCCGAGAGCGAAGGACAGCCCGGGGGUGGAAGAGCACCCAGUGACCCUGGUGCAGUUCCUGAUGUACCUGUACCAGAACCGGCAGGACUUCUUGAGUAUGUGCAUGGGCUCGGACAUCCUGUGCGCCCUUGCCUCCACUCUCUUCCCCUUUGUAAGGGGGCCCAGCGAGGCUGCCUCUCCCUCUGACGACUUCCAGAUAAUAUCAAACUCUGAAUGCUCGGAAGCCAAUGCCGGACUGACCAAGCACUCGGCGCGUAAAUAUGUGAUGGACUUCCUGAGGAUCAUCAUUGUGGACAGUCUGUCCUUGGCAUUCCCAACAAAGCAGCCUCCAGUCAUUGACCUCGUCUUGGACGCUUACCCGAGCCAGGCGACACUGAACCAGCAGAAGGAGUUUGUCACGGAGAUUUUGUCAUCCCUGAGGGAGCACCUCCUGGCCGCGGAUGUCCUGCUGGGAGAGCAUGCGGCCCUGCCCAUCACGGCAGGAGGGAAGUACACCAACAUUGCACCCAACAUCUUCUACCUGACGUCCUGCUUUGUAGACAAGCUCUGGCAGAACGUUUACACACGGGAUCCACACGAAGUUCUAGACUUUAUAAUCAAGCUCCUUGGUCAGGUGAAACGAAAAGGACUGCACGUGCAGACAGAAAAUGUUUAUAAGAGCAUGAACCGUACCCUGCUGUUCAUCCUGUCCAGGCCGACAGAAUGUGUCGCAGACCAAAUGACGAAGCUGGAGUGCCUCCAGAAGAUGAUCAUUCACCGGACGCUCAUGCUGACUGCGGCCAGCUCCGAGUCUGAGUUCAUCCCCUGCCUGUGUUACUGCCUCCUGCAGCUGACGGCCGAUGCUCAAAUCAGUAUGGAAACGGUGCGCCGGACCACAUGGCACAUCAACCCGGCGUCCUUUGCGGACCGCUCUCGGAAUGUACCCGACAACCGUACCCUGACCUCGUCCGAGGAAGGGAACCUGUUGGUUGCCUCUGCAGGCUGCAAAGUGUGGGAGAUCGUCUACCUCUCGAAGAGACAGGCCCUGGAGGAGCUGUGCAAGGUGUCCCUCCCGGCGGCAGAGGGCAGCACGGGCCAGAUCCCGGACCUGCAAUCGCUGUGGGAGGUGCUCAACGAGCCCUCGUGCCGGGCCUGGAUGAGCUUCCUGGAGGUGGAGCGCAAGAGCGGCUACACCCGCGAGGUCAUGCAAACCCAGAUGCAGACCGUCAGCCAGAAACUUCAAAAAGUAACUGGCGGUUUGUCUCGACUCGCAAGUCGCAAGAUCAAGCGAGAGCAAGCUCCGAAGGUCCCGCUCAGUAACUUGACCUUUCCUGAAGUGGAAAUGUGGACCCAGGUGCACGUUUCGAUCGUGCAGGAACUUGUGGAUAUGCAGCUGAAACGACACCAGCAGAGCCACCAGCACCUCCAGAAGGACGUGUUUGAGGACUGGCUCCAGACGGAGUCUGAACUCACCCAGGAGAGGGGCCUGUGGGGCCCCGUGGAGGGCUCGCCCCUUGACAAGUGGAUGCUGGACAUGACCGAAGCCGGCCCCUGCCGCAUGCGCAAGAAGAUGGUGAAAAACGACCUGUUCUAUCUGCACUACCCGUACCGGCCUGACGUGGAAGGAGGCGAGAAUCGUGCCUUGAAGUACAAGGUUGCCACCAGCUUUGAUAGCAAGGAGUACUACAAGCACUGGAGGCCCGACAGCCUUGUAGAGCAUGACACAUUUUCCCCGGACAUUGUCUCCAUCUCCUCCGAAGACUGGCCUCAGGAAGGGGACAGUGCCGAAGAGCGGGAAAUCGGCUUCCAGGGGCUGCGCACCCGGCUGCAGAGCAACCGCAGCGCGAGCGAACAGGAGGACGACAGCGAGAGCCUGGACCCCACGACGGACUCCUCGGAGCAGGACGGCACGGCACGCAAGGACGACACGCCCGACAACCAGAGCGUGCUCCGGCUGCUCGAGGAAGGCGAAAAGAUUACGCACAUGUUUCGUUGUGCCCGCGUGCAAGGCCUGGACACGUGCGAAGGACUGUUGCUCUUCGGAAAAGAACACUUUUACGUGGUGGACGGCUUUACUCUGCUGAAGACGAGAGAGAUUAGAGACAUUGAUUCACUGCCGGCCAACGCACACGACCCAAUCAUUCCAAACUCCACUCCGAGGAGCAAGCACCAGAAGAGGAUGUGCAGCAAGUUUUCGUACGAUGACAUAAGGGAAGUCCACAAGCGUCGGUACUUGCUCCAGCCCAUUGCCUUGGAAGUGUUCUCGGCCGACGGGCGUAACUACCUGCUGGUAUUCCCCCGCAAAGUGCGCAACAAGGUGUACAGUCGCUUCCUGUCUGCUGCCACCGCAAUCACGGACAGUGCUCAAGAGUCCCUUGCGGGGCAGCGUCGAGGAGCCAACGUCGAAUCCGGAGCCAGUUUGCUAAGCAACCUGAUUGGAGAAACUUCUGUGACACAACGAUGGCUGAGAGGUGAAAUUAGCAACUUCCAGUACCUGAUGCACCUGAAUACUUUAGCGGGACGGUCGUACAAUGACCUGAUGCAAUACCCCGUCUUCCCCUGGGUCCUGGCCGACUACGACUCGGAGGAACUGGACCUAAACGACUCUGCAACUUUUCGAGACUUCAGCAAGCCCAUGGGUGCACAAACGAGCGACCGCCUCGAUCAAUUCAAGAAGCGCUACAGAGAGUGGGACGAUCCCCACGGAGAGACACCGCCGUACCACUACGGCACAUUUUAUUCGUCUGCCAUGAUUGUUGCCUCGUACCUUGUCCGAAUGGAGCCCUUCACGCAACACUUCCUCAAACUACAGGGGGGACAUUUUGAUCUGGCCGACCGCAUGUUCCACAGCGUAAAGGACGCCUGGCUUUCUGCUUCCAAGCACAACAUGGCCGACGUCAAGGAACUCAUCCCAGAGUUCUUCUACUUGCCCGAGUUCCUGGUGAACAGUAACCGUUUCGACCUGGGCUGCAAACAGAACGGCGUUCAGCUGGACGACAUUCUCCUGCCAUCUUGGGCGAAGGGCGACCCACGAGAAUUCAUACGGGUGCACAGAAUGGCAUUGGAGAGCGACUACGUGAGUGCCCACCUGCACGAGUGGAUCGACCUCAUCUUCGGCUACAAGCAGCAGGGCCAGCCCGCGGUGGAGGCCGUCAACGUCUUCCACCACCUAUUCUACGAGGGGAACGUGGACAUCUACAGCAUAGACGAUCCCCUUAAGAAGAAUGCCACCAUCGGCUUCAUCAACAAUUUUGGCCAGAUCCCGAAGCAGCUUUUCAAGAAACCUCACCCGUUCAAGAAGCUGACCAACAGGACGAGCGUGGUGGACCCAGGCCCCAUCAUGCCUGGCCUCAGCUACUGCCACGACAAGCUCUUCUUCCACAACCUGGACAACCUCAAGCCUUCCUUGCAUCCAAUCAAAGAGCUGAAAGGCCCAGUGGGGCAGAUCAUCCAGCAUGAGAAGGCAGUGCUGGCGGUGGAGCAGAACAAGGUGCUGAUUGGGCCACUGUUCAAUCGCUAUGUGGCCUGGGGUUUUGCGGACUACAGCAUCCGCAUGGGUCCCUACGAGAGCGAGCGGGCUGCCUUUGUCUGGGAGGACGUACCCUCCGGGGAGAUCCUCUGCUGUGCCUGCCCCGACAACAAGAUCGUCAUCACCGCCGGCACCAGCUCGGUCGUGACGGUGUGGCAGUUCGACAAGAAGAAAAUGAGCCUGAAGCAGAACCUGCACGGCCACACGGAGGCGGUGACUUGCCUGGCUGCCUCCCGGCCCUACAACCUGAUCGUGAGCGGCUCCAGAGACUACACCUGCAUCCUUUGGGACCUGAGCCGCCUCGUCUUCACCAGGCAGCUGAGGGGGCACACGGCCCCCAUCGCAGCCGUGGCCAUCAACGACCUCACGGGCGACCUGGCCACGUGUGCGGGCACCCACAUCAGCCUGUGGACCAUCAACGGGCGUGAGGUGGCCAGCGUGAACACGGCCACGGGGCGCAGCGACCGGCUGCAGCAGAUCCUGUGCGUCUGCUUCUCCCAACUCAACGAGUGGGACAACCAGAACGUCAUCAUGACGGGCUCCAGUGACGGCGUCGUGCGGAUGUGGUCUGCAGACUACGUCCAGAUCCCCGUGGAGGAAAAGAAGCUGAACCCGAGCCUGGCCAUGACCCCGACGGCGGUGGUGGAGCCUAGCGUGGCCAUCCUCUCGCCCGAGAAGCCCUCCUCUCCCACCGCGCUACAGGAGACCAUGGCCGAGAGGAUUGUGCGCAAGCUGAGCGCGGUGGACACGGACGAGGUGGACAGCUUCCGCACCCAGCACACUUCGGCCUCCGUCCUCAUCAAGUGCGGCUCGGACAGUUCCCUCUCGGAAGACGAAGACUCGAUAAAGAGCUACGGGAGAGGGCUGAGCUCUCCCCCUGCGGGGAGCGGCGGGGUGGAGUCCGGAUGGAGGCGGGGCUCCCAGGAUCGGCGCCCCUCACUGCUCCAGCACUCCAAGACGGUAGUGGGGCUGCUCAGCACCCAGCAGCAUUCCAAGGCAGCUUCAGCGGGAGAUCCCCAGGUGACCAAGUCAACGCUGACCAUUCCGGAAGACACGGGGGUUGCCGCCGCCGGCGCGGACGACGCGAAGGGCUCUGCCCUGCGCAUCAGCAAGUCCGAAAACUCGCUGACAGACACCUUCGUGAUGAUCAGCGAGGCGGAUGUGCUCGAUGCCGAGAAGAGUGCAGACCUCCGCAAGCUCAGACGCAGGAGGAACAUUCUGAGAGAUGGAUUCCAGUGGUCAUGCCAGCUGGUGUUUCGCAGCAAGCUGACGAUGCACACCGCUUUUGACCGGAAAGACAACACGGAGCCUGCAGCCGUCACUGCCCUGGCGGUCUCCAAGGACCACAAGACGGUGUACGUGGGGGACGCCCGUGGCCGGGUGUUCACCUGGAGCGUGACGGAGCACCCAGGGCGGGCCAUGGCCGACCACUGGGUGCGGGACGAAGGGGGCGACAGCUGCCUGGCCUGCGGUGUGCGCUUCUCCUUCGCUGAACGCAGGCACCACUGCCGCAACUGCGGACAGCUCUUCUGCUCCAGAUGCAGCCGCUUCGAGUCUGAAAUCAGCCGCCUGAGGAUACUCAAGCCAGUGCGAGUCUGCCAAACCUGCUUCAACUCCCUGAAGACCUCCGGGGAGGCCUGAGUGGGGAGGAGGCGGUUUUCUAGUCAGACAUAUCCAUGGACAUUCCGUAGCCGGUGUGUGUACAGUAGCGGCAGCGCCCUCCCCCCUGCCCUCGUCAUGUACAUACUGUUAAUGUAAAUAUUGUGUCGUGCCGUGUGAUUUCUAAGUGUCUGUAGCGGGCCCAUCCCACACCAACUCGGUACACCGACCGUGUAGGACGCUUUGCGAGACUAUUUCACGGAGAACACGAACCAGAAUAGGCUUCCUGUCACUACCAGGUGUUUAUUGCAGGUUGUGUACCACCAAAGUACUAUACAUAUAUAUAUAAAUAAAUGCAGAGUAUAUAUGAAGUAAGCAAUACUUACAAACUGCUCCCUUCCGGUCGCAAGAAUGCCAGGAGUUCACUAGAACGACGAUAGUCAUAGGUUUGCCGUGCAUAAACUGCGAGCGCUUGGGGGUGCGCGGUCAAAGGAGGCUUGGAAAACAAACAGUUUCACCUCUUUUCCUUUUAGAAGCAGAGUUGGUCAACAAGACGUAGGUUUGUCUGUCCCUCAGUGUCGGAUUCUGACUCGACACAACCAUGCUGUGUUUUUGAAACCUGCUUGUUUUUUAAAACAGAUUAAUAAACAUGGCACUGUUUGUUUUCCA